UCUCCAAUAGCUCCUCGAAAAUUGAGUGAUGCACGAUUCUUAUAUGACAAAGUUAUUAAAAUUUAUCAAACUCUUAAAAGCACGUUUGGGCUUGAGGUUAAUGCGCUGACAAAUUUAGAAGAUUCUGACAGAGACUUUUCAAACCUGUUAGAACAAUUGAAAAGAAAAUUUGACCAUGACGACACAACAAGAUUUGAAAAAAUACAAAUUUUAACAUCGUUCCCGAAAGAAUGGAGUGUUAGGAGAAUCUCUGAAUUUAUAAAUACAUCAAGACCUAUGGUAAAUGUAGCAAAAAAUUUGCUUGAAACCAAAGGUUUACUGUCAAAACUUGAAUCUAAAUUAGGUCGUUCACUCUCAGAUGAAUUGAAAUCCAAAACUAUCAAAUUUUACAAUGAUGAUGAAUGCAGUGUUAAUAUGCCCGGGAUGAAAGAUUGUAUCUCUGUUCGAAAUGAUGAUGGUAAACGAGAACCUGUACAAAAACGUUUGAUUCUUUCAAAUUUGAAAGAGUUGUAUCAAAAAUAUCGGGAAAACUAUUCUGAAAGCAAAAUUGGGUUUUCAAAAUUCGCUCCGUUGCGCCCAAAAUAUUGUGUGUUAGCGGGGAGCAGUGGCACGCAUACAGUUUGUGUGUGCAUAAUGCAUCAAAACAUGGAAUUAUUAAUGCUUGGUUCAAAUUUAAGUUCACUAACUUCUAACUCGACAAGACCCUUAAAUCACUACACGGAUUGCUUCAAUUCUAUUAUAUGUAAUGCUCAAUCACCAGAGUGUUAUUUUGGAACAUGCAAGACUUGUCCAGGAAUAAAUGCACUAACGGAUACUUUACAAGACAUUUUUCAUGAAAAUGAAAUUGACACCAUUUCAUACAAAUAUUGGGUAUCAAAACCACGUACAAGUCUGGAAACGAUGAUCAGUUCUGCUGAUGAAUUCAUUGAACGAUUCAGUGAUGACUUAUGAAUACUUCUACCACACGCAUUUAUAGCUAAAGAACAAGCGAGUUAUAUGAAAUUUGUAAAAAUGUCAUUAAAAGACAGAAAGUUACUUGUUGUCUGUGAUUUCGCAGAAAAUUAUGCAUUUAUCGUACAAAACGUUGCUUCAGGAUUUCAUUGGAACAACAACACAGCUACUAUCUAUCCAGUGUUAAUAUACUUCAAAGAGGGAGACGAAUUAGUUUACAGAAGCAUAGUCAUAAUAUCGGAUUUUAAUAACCACGAUUCUGUUGCCGUGUAUGUUUUUUUCCAAAAUCAUAAUCAAUUUUAUAAAGACAAUCAACGAACAUCCUUACAGUUA